GCAGUACUAUAAGAAAAUAAGCAUGCUUUAAAUCCCUGUAUUAGGGAUAGAGUGGAAAUAUUUUUUUUUUAAGGGGUAUAUAGUUAGAAUUUAGAAAGAAUGGAAAUGGAAAUAAUAAAACUAAACAAAUUAGAAAAAAAUAACAAAUUAGAAAAAAUAAAAAGUAUUAAGUAGUUCUUAUAGAUUAAAUGGGUAAAUUGUCAGCUCAGCCAGAAAAGUACAAAUUAGUAAAUUUGUAAUUGAAUAGGCAAUAUAUAAAAUCAAUGAGAUUUGAAAAGAGUUAUCAGUUUGCUGCAAAAAAUGUGAUUAAUAUAUGCCCAGCUCCUUAUAAAGAUAAAAAAUUAUGAAACUGACACUUUUAACAGAGAAUAUUCCAGAUUGGUUAUGAGAAAUAACCCACAAACUAAGAAUAACCAAUUAAAAUGGCAUUUGCUUGUGAAAGCUUUCAUGAGACUUUUCCAAACUGUCAAAGAACAUAUACUCCUGGCCGGGCGUGGUGGCUCACGCCUGUAAUCCCACCACUUUGGGAGGCCGAGGCAGGCGGAUCACAGGGUCAGGAGUUCGAGACCAGCCUGGCCAACAUGGUGAAACCCCGUCUCUACUUAAAAAAUACAAAAAUUAACCAGGCAUGGUGGCACAUGCCUGUAAUCCCAGCUACUCAGGAGGCUGAGACAGGAGAAUUGCUUGAACCCAGGAGGCAGAGGUUGCAGUGAGCCGAGAUCGAGCCACUGCACUCCAGCCUGGGUGGCAGAGCAAGACUCCAUCUCAAAAAACAAAACAAAACAAAACGAAAAACCCCUAUACUCCCAAAAUAUAGAAAAUGAUAAGACACUAAUUCAUUUAAUGAAGUAAACGGGAUUUUCAUUUUAAAAAUAAAAUUAUGUAAGAAAGAUGAUGCAAGAGGAUGUAAGAUAAUGUAGGUGAUUUUUUUAUGAGUAUAGAUGCAAAAAUCCGAAUAAAAUCUUAGAAAACUGAAUAGAGAAAUAUUUUGAAUAAUUGUUCAUGUAACUCCAGAAUUUCAAAGUUGAUGUAAUAGUUACAAAACACAUUACAUUAAUAAGAAAUAAUAAAAUCUUUUAUCACUAUAAUAUAUACCAAAAAGGCAUUUAAAAUACACUUUCUAUUUCAAAAAAACUAAAAGAAUUUUUUAAAAGGGUAUGUUUUAAAACCCAACAUAAUAUUUGAUGAAGAAGAGUCAUAUAACCCCAGAAUAUUAGAGCUGUAUGGGGCCUUAAAAGUUAUUAAAUUCUGGCCCCAUGUUUUACAGAUGAAAAAAACACAGCCAGGAAGAUGAAAUGACUUACCCAAGGUCACUGAGCUUGAUGGUAGGUCUUUUGACUACUAGUCUGGCUCUAUUACCUGUUAGUUUCCUUAUGCAUAGAAACAAGGGUGCCACCUUCAUUACUAGUCUUCAACAUAAUACUAAAGAGCUCUUAGAAAAGGAAAGGAUCUUGGAAGUAGCUGAAUCCAAUCCAUUUGCCCCUGCUUCUGCAUCUCAGGUGAGCCAUCAUCCAGUCAUUCAUCUGCUUCUGCUUCUCAUAUUUGGGGAAUCCUUUACUUAGGAGUGCUGAUCCUUUUGGAAAUCUCCACUUCUUGAAAGAUGGUUCUGUGUAAUGAACCAAAAUCUGCCUUUCUGGAUAAUCCUGGAAUUGUCACUCCAGUAGCUUCCAAGAUAGAAUGUGUGAUGGUGUGCACAGGCCUCCGUUAAAGGGUAGGGAAGAAAAUUUCUAUGUAUGUUAGUUUUUUAUCUUAAAAAAAUUAGCUUUUGUGAGGCUGGGCGUGGUGGCUCACGCCUGUAAUCCCAGCACUUUGGGAGGCCGAGGCGGGCAGAUCACGAGGUCUGGAGAUUGAGACCGUCCUGGCUAACACAGUGAAACCCCGUCUCUACUAAAAAUACAAAAAAUUAGCUGGGCGUGGUGGCAGGCGCCUGUAGUCCCAGCUAUUCGGGAGGUGAGGCAGUAGAAUGGCAUGAACCCAGGAGGCGGAGCUUGCAGUGAGCUGAGAUCCUGCCACUGCACUCCAGCCUGGGUGACAGAGCGAGACUCUGUCUCGAAAAAAUAAAAAAGCUUUUGCCAAUAUUUAAAAUAUGACUUGAUGUGAGAGUCCUAAUUUCUUCUACGCAGUAUACAGAUAUAUAGCAUUCCUGUCAUUUAGCAGGGGUGAUAGUAAAACAAAAAAACAACCCCACAAAACCUGUGGUGAGGCACUGACCAAUCAGAAUGAUUGAUGGUCACAGUCUGGUCCAAAAUUAGCCCCCACACCAGACACCAUGGAGGAAAAGUGAGAAUAACUCAAUUUAAGUUGACGGUGGUUUGUUUUAUUGCAGUUUAUCUGUGUGUGAAUAGGUAGAUUUAAGGAUUGUUGGCCAGGUGUGGUGGCUCACGCCUGGAAUCCCAGCACUUUUAGGAGGCAGAGGCAGGCGGAUCACUUGAGAUCAGGAGUUCGAGACCAGCCUGGCCAACAUGGUGAAACCCUGUCUCUACUAAAAAUACAAAUUAGCCAGGCAUGGUAGUGCAUGCCUGUAAUUCCAGCUACUUGGGAGGCUGAGGCAGGAGAAUCGCUUGAACCGGGGAGGCAGAGGUUGCAGUGAGCCGAGAUUGCGCCAUUGCGCUCCAGCUUGGCCAACAAGAGCGAAACUCUGUCUCAAAAAAAAAAAAAAAAAAAAAAAAGGAUUGUCAAAUGAUUCUUGUAAGUAAACCAUAAAUUAAAGAUAACAAGCACAAGAGAAAAAUGAUACAGCCCUUUCCUUGACCUCUCACUAAUCUGCCCUUUUAAGAUAAAGAUAUCAUUUUAACUAUGAGAAGGUAACUGCUUUUCUAAAGGAGCUCAUUUUAUGAAGAGAAUAUUUUGAAAACUAAUAUUUAGGAGUGUUUUCACCAUUCUAUGAUUGCCCAAAAACUAAGUGAUACUUAUAAAAACACUAAGUUUUAUACAUAUACUAGUUGGAAAUAUUCCAAGCUGUAGAAAUAUUCCAACAAGGAUUAUUUCCAUGGGGUUAAUUUGUUAAAAAUAUAAAAGACACCACCUUUCUAUUAAUUUGUAACAACUAAUUGACAUCAGAGAAGAUGAAAAUUUACUAGCUGGAUAUCAACCAGAUUUUUGUAUUAUUGGCAAUUGAGAUUGAAAAAUGAAUGAAGGAGUCUACUUCAUCCAUUUAGAUAUCCUUUCACUUGGAUCUCCCUGUUUCCUUACUGUCCUAAUGAAUAGAAAUGAUCGUUACAAGCUGGGCAUGGUGGCUUGCACCUGUAGUCCCAGCUACUGGGGAGGCUGAGGAGGGAGGAUGGCCUGAGGCCAGAGUUGAAGGAUCCAGAGAUGAUUGCGCAGUGACGCUAAGCUUGGGCCACAGAGUUGAGACCCUGACUCUAAAAUUUUUUUUUUAAUUUAAAUUAUAAAAAGAGAAAUGCUUGUUACAAUCACAAAAGGAAACAAGAUAUACACAUAUAAUUGUGGAAGUAAAAAUAAAUAAUUAAAAAAUACUUUCAGGUGCUCACUUCAGCAGCACAUAUAUUACAGUUGGAACGAUAGAGAAGAUUUGCAUGGCCCCUGUGCAAGGAUGACAUACAAAUUCGUGAAGUGUUCCAUAUUUAAAAAAACAAAAAAUACUUUUGGGCCUGGCACUGUGGCUCAUGCCUGUAAUCCAAACACUUUGGGAGGCUGAGGCGGGCGGAUUGCUUGAACCCAGGAGUUGGAGACCAGCCUGGACAACAUGGUGAAAUCCCGUCUCUAUAAAAAAAUACAAAAAUUAACCAGGUGUGGUGGUGCACGCCUGUAAUCCAAGGUACUUGGGAGGCUGAGGCAGGAGGAUCGCUUGAGCCAGGAGGUUGGGCCUGGGUAACAGAGACCGUCUCAAAAAAAUUUAAAAAUUAAAAAAAAACUUUCUGCAAGAUGAAGUGACAAUACCUAGAAAAUACAUGUGACUUGACCAAAAAUUACUAUAGGUGAAAAUAAAUUUAGCAAAGUUGCUUUCCUAAAUACAACCCAAAAUAGACUGGGAACAGCUACAUACUGUUAAUGGUUCCAUCUGUGUGACAUUCUAGAAAAGGCAGAACUAUAGGGAGGGAAAACAUCUGUGGUUGCACAGGAGCUAGGGGUGGGAAGAGGGAAUUUACUACAAAGAGGCACGAAGAAACUUGUGGGCCAGAGCUAUUUUGGUCUCAGUUUUGGUGAUGUAUAUACGUUUGCCAGAGUUCACAGAACUGCACAGUGAAGAAAGAUGGAUUUCACGGAAUGUGAAUUAUAUCUCAACAAACUUGACUUUAAAAAACAGAUCGAGAAAAGAUGAUUCUAUUCCCAAAAAGGGGGAGGGGGGAAGAUCAUUAUAUAGGUGAGUGUUCAUUUAAAGCAGAGUACGAGAUUUAUCCGUGAAAAUCGCGGUGGAGCGAACAAGGGGGAUGCUGAUACCGACCUCCUGGUUGGAAAGCCUGUAGAGCAGCGCGGAUGACAGUGGAACAGCGGGUCAGGCGGUGGGCGCCGGAGCGAGGGGCUGGAGCGGGAUGGGCGGGCGGAGCAAGCCUGCCAGCCUGGGCGGGGCCUCGGCACAGGAGCCGGCUGCGGGAGCCCGCCGUCCCGAGUCGCAGGCCGAGGAGACAUGGCUGCACCUCGUGACGCUGAGAUACAGAAGGACGUGCAGAUAUUAUGGCUGUGGUCUGGUGAUCCCUGAGCAUCUAGAAAACUGCUGGAUUUUGGAUCUGGGUAGUGGAAGUGGCAGAGAUUGCUAUGUACUUAGCCAGCUGGUUGGUGAAAAGGGACACGUGACCGGAAUAGACAUGACCAAAGGCCAGGUGGAAGUGGCUGAAAAGUAUCUUGACUAUCACAUGGAAAAAUAUGGCUUCCAGGCAUCUAAUGUGACUUUUAUUCAUGGCUACAUUGAGAAGUUGGGAGGGGCUGGAAUCAAGAAUGAGAGCCAUGAUAUUGUUGUAUCAAACUGUGUUAUUAACCUUGUGCCUGAUAAACAACAAGUGCUUCAAGAGGCAUAUCGGGUGCUGAAGCAUGGUGGGGAGUUAUAUUUCAGUGACGUCUAUACGAGCCUUGAACUGCCAGAAGAAAUCAGGACACACAAAGUUUUAUGGGGUGAGUGUCUGGGUGGUGCUUUAUACUGGAAGGAACUUGCUGUCCUUGCUCAAAAAAUUGGGUUCUGCCCUCCACGUUUGGUCACUGCCAAUCUCAUUACAAUUCAAAACAAGGAACUGGAAAGAGUUAUCGGUGACUGUCGUUUUGUUUCUGCAACAUUUCGCCUCUUCAAACACUCUAAGACAGGACCAACCAAGAGAUGCCAAGUUAUUUACAAUGGAGGAAUUACAGGACAUGAAAAAGAACUAAUGUUUGAUGCCAAUUUUAAAUUUAAGGAAGGUGAAAUUGUUGAAGUGGAUGAAGAAACAGCAGCUAUCUUGAAGAAUUCAAGAUUUGCUCAAGCUUUUCUGAUCAGACCAAUUGGAGAGAAGUUGCCAACAUCUGGAGGCUGUUCUGCUUUGGAGUUAAAGGAUAUAAUCACAGAUCCAUUUAAGCUUGCAGAAGAGUCUGACAGUAUGAAGUCCAGAUGUGUCCCUGAUGCUGCUGGAGGCUGCUGUGGCACAAAGAAAAGCUGCUAAAUCUAUAGCCAACCAGGGGACCACAGUAGUGGGCAAGAGUCAUCUGCAUGUUUUUUAACCUGCUUUUCCCCAUAGCACAGACCAUAAGAAACAACAAAUGGGGCCGGGCACAGUGGCUCAUGCCUAUAAUCCCAGCACUUUGGGAGGCCGAGGCAGGCAGAUCACCUGAGGUCAGGAGUUUGAUACCAGCCUGGCCAACAUGGUGAAAUCCUGUCUCUACCAAAAAUACAAAAAAAAUUAGCUGGGCAUGGUGGUGCACACCUAUAGUCUCAGCUACUCGGGAGGCUGAGGCAGGAGAAUUGCUUGAACCCAGGAAGUAGAGGCUGCAGUGAGUAAGCAUCACGCCACUGUACUCCAGCCUGGGCAACAGAGCAAGACUCUGUCUCAAAAGCAAAAAAAAAAAAAAAAAAAAAAAAGAAAGAAAGAAAAAGAAAACAACAAAUGGCAGAGAGCCACCAUAUUCCAAAUCACUGAAAAAAAUAAAUGAAUUAUUUUUAUUUAUUUAUUUAUUUUUUGAGAUGGAGUCUCAGUCUGUUGCCCAGGCUGAAGUGCAGUGGCCCCAUCUCAACUCACUGCAAGCUCCACCUCCUGGGUUCACGCCAUUCUCCUGCCUCAGACUCCCAAGUAGCUGGGACUACAGGCACCUACCACCAUGCCCGGCUAAUUUUUUGUAUUUUUAGUAGAGACGGGGUUUCACCAUGUUAGCCAGGAUGGUCUUGAUCUCCUGACCUCGUGAUCCGCCCGCCUCGGCCUCCCAAAGUGCUGGGAUUACAAGCAUGAGCCACCGCGCCCGGCCAUAAAUGAAUUAUUUUUAAGAGGCAUUGAUUAAAGAUUCACAGCAAAUCACUA